GUAAUAUAUUUUCACAACCAUCAAGGUUUCAAAUGCGCCCAUAUUAUGUAUCAGCGAAUGUCUAACAGCACUCCUUGGAGACGAGUUACCAAUCUAAUGGUCUGAGUUCUGAAACAUCAAAAGGUUUCUACAAGAAAUGGAUAUGAGGUUAGCCGAUGCCGCUCGUACAGGAAACAUCGAGCACUUGCACUCCCUUGGUAAAAAUGAUCCCCUGAUACUCAACAGAGCAGCUGUAGAAGGCGGACAAACUCCUUUACACGUUGCCGCUCUAGCAGAUCAAGUUGAAUUCACACGCGAGAUCUUAAAGGUGAGGCCCAAGUUAGCUGAAGAGAUGAACCCAGAUGGCCUCACCCCGUGGCACAUAGCAUCGGCCAACGGGAACCUUGAAAUGGUAAGGGAGCUGCUGAACCUGAGUCCUCAGUUGUGCCUUUCGAAGGGCAAGGAGAGAAGGAUUCCUCUGCACUAUGCAGCUCUGAAAGGGAGAACCGAGGUCUUGAAAGAGCUGCUCUCGGCUUGUCUGGAGUCGAUCAAGGAAGUCACUGCUCUAUGCGAGACUGCACUCCACCUUGCGGUGAAGAGCAGUCACUUUGAGGUUUUCACUUUGCUAGUAGAAGAGCUGAAGAAUACUAACAGAGUAAACUUUCUGAAUCGGAAGGAUGCGCAGGGCAAUACCAUUUUGUACCUUGCAGUUUCUGCAAGGCAGUACGAGGUAGUAGACUUCAUUCUGAAUGGGAGCAUAGUGAACGCGGAGCUGGUGGAAGUGAACGCAGUGAACAAAAUGGGUCUAACAGCUUUCAAUGCCCUAUCGGUUUUCCCAAGUGAAGCAGGAGACAAGGAAAUCGGUGACAUCCUCAUUCUCGCUGGAGCUACGACCAUGCGGAUAGCCACUGAAUUACCAGAGGCUCGGGCGACCUCUGACCCAGCAUCAAAGAUUUGCCCACAAACUGGAACCGGUCUGUGGGGGCUACAGAUAUUAACCCUCAAGCUCAGAGGGAUACUCAAGCACGACAGGAACAAUUGGAAUGAAUAUUUCAAAUUCAAGAAAGACCGGGACUCGCCAGACAGCGUGAGGAGCGCCCUUCUGGUGGUGGCUGCCCUCAUCACGGCCACCACCUAUCAAGCUGUGCUUCAGCCCCCAGGAGGGUUAUGGCAGGACAACUCGGGGCCUCUUAACAGCACAACAAACAGCACCACAUCAAACGGGAUUUUCACCCAAUCACAUAAGGCUGGACAGGCAGUUAUGGCCAACAUCAAUCCUAUUUCAUACAUCUUCUUCUUGUUCUGCAACUCGAUCGGGUUCUUUGCAGCUAUUCAGAUGAUCUGGAUUCUCACGGCCAGGCUUCCUCUGCAGUUGGAGCUGAGGAUUGCAGUGUGUGCUCUAGCGGCUACAUAUGUGAGAACUGCAAUACAUAUGCUGUUGAGAAGAUGAGCAGCUUGUGAUGAUAUUUGGGGAUGGUGGCAGCUGCUGUUCUGCUACGCAGCCUAUGCCAGCAACACUUAAGAGAAUCCCUGUCACGGCGCCUUUUGUCAGUAAUGACUCCUCGUUUUUGUUCAAGUGUAAGCCAAGAAUACAAAGUGUGACUAUGUAGGUGCGAGGUACUUCGAUCUUCUCGAAGGAAGUCAUUUUCUAAGAUGUAAGAAUGAAAUAUAUGUAACGGGCAGAUCUGUUCAAA